AGGAAGAUCUGCAAAGGCAGCAGGCAAAUUUAUCUGCUGCCUUUUCUGCACCAUCUGUAAACCAAAGGAUUACACAUCCAUUAAAGAUAGAUAUUACCUCUGUGUCUCUCAAAAUGGCCCAGCUGGUCCAAUUUUUAUGUAGAGCAAGAGAUAAACCAAAAACCAUUCACCAAAUAUAUAAGGAAGAUACAAUUUGGAUAUAUAUAUGUCUUCAAUUUUCCUCCAACCACACCUCUCUUCCUAUCUCCUUAACACAUACCCAUAAAGAUUUUCUUACCUUAAAUGCCCUUCUCUCAAUCCCUUCUUCCUUCUCUAUUUCUUCAUGGCCCUGCUUUUGGGUUCUUUCGUUCUGCCAAGUUCAGUGUGAGGGAACACCAGAUGCACCGAUGUUUUCUCUCUAUUUAGUUCUUCUCAAGUCGAAUUGGGUUUCGGUUUUCUUUUAUUGACUCUACAGAUUUUCAGUUGGUGUUCAUCGUUUCUGAUUUUUCUUUUUGUUAAUUCUUUCAAAUCUUUAUCAGAAUUUGAGUCUUAUCUAGGAAUUGAUGUAAAAAGAAAGCUCAAUUUGCUUUUGUUGGGUAUUGAGGGAGGAGAAGGAGGAGGAGGAUCAAUUCUCUGUUUAUACCGCCCAAACCCUACGGAUAAUAAAUUGUUUAAUGCUGAAGAAUAACAUGGGUCAAUCUCAAUUCAUUAAGGAAGCUAGCUUUAAAUUGAAACAACAAAACCUGCUUCAGGAUUUCCUGGGAUUGCAAAAGGAUUUUGUUUCAAAGAAGAGAAAAUUGCAGAUGACAAAGCAGAAGAGAGACAUUCUAUUGGCUGAAGUUCGCUUUUUAAGGCAGAGGCAUAAAUAUUUAAUGGCUAUGCAGUGGCAUAAUCUUCAGCAGGCUCAAGAACCAAUUCCACCACAAAAUUCAUCUAUGCAAACUGAGGAUGUUGGGAAAUUGUGGAGAACAGAGACAAAGCUCAAGAAUGGCAUAAUCAAUGGCAAAAGAGUUAAGAAGAAAAUCUCAUGGAAAGAUCAGUCAACUGUAAUGAAGUGUGGAAGAAACUGAAAGAGGGAACUGGGAGGCAGCUGCAUAUCUGAAGGAGAGGGCUGAACCAGCAGCUAGUGGUUCUCCAUUGUUGACUACACGGUCAUUUCUAGCAAGUUUCUUGAAUAUUUUGGUGUUGAUGAAGAUUCCAGAGCUGAAAUCACAAAUGAGAUGCAUAUUGGCAAUGGAACAUCCAGUUGAACAAGUGUUAGUAAUUUCCACCGAGAAAGUUUGUGUCCCAUCUGGUUGCAUACCCACUUGGCCUUGUGCAAUUGCUAUGUCAUUCUUUGAACACUGGUCAGCCUCUCCAGUAAUAGUAGUCCCUGCAUAUAUAAAAACUCUCAGGAAUUAGAUUUCCCCUCUAUAACAUAGAGAAGAAUUUAGUUUUUCAUCAAGAAUAUGCAGGGGCAUUAUCCAGAUCAGUAACACAAUAUAUACAUAUAUAUACCAUGCGAUAGAGCUUCAUCGUGGUGGUGGUGGCGGACGGAAUCAACAACAGCCGGGACUGAGAGGAUGAAAAUAAUGCAGAGAAUCAAGUAGAGGUUUGAUGCCAUUUUAGAGUGAUGGGUGGUGAUGCUUCUUGCAAAGCCAGUAAACGACGGAAAUGUAAAUUGCAAUUGUUUAAAGGGUUUCUUAUAGCCAGCCCUUGAUUAGGGCAGUAAUCAAGAGCCAGACAACUGGUUUAAUUGCCA